AUGUUUUUCUAUAGAAACUCGGUCUCAGGCAGCAUCGCAACCGUUUUCGGUGCGACCGGAUUCCUUGGUCGCUACCUUGUCAGCAAACUGGCGAAAGUAGGUACCCAGGUCGUCGUGCCGUACCGCGACGAGGACGAAAAGCGGCACUUGAAGCUCCUAGGUGAUCUAGGCCAAAUCGUCCCUCUUGAAUGGGAUAUUCGCAACGAGCAACAGAUUGACGAAUGCUUGCGCCACUCGGACACUGUGUUUAAUCUGACUGGCCGCAACUAUGCGACGAAGAACUUUUCCAUGCGAGAUGUCCACGUCGAUGGUGCUCGUCGCAUCGCCGAAAUCGCUGCCCAGGCGGGUGUAGCACGCUUCAUCCACAUGUCUCACCUGAUGGCUGAUGUGGAUUCUGAAAGCGAAUACAUGCGCACGAAGGCUUUGGGUGAGGAUGCUGUGCGCAAGGUGUUCCCCAGUGCAACGAUCGUUCGUCCCUCGUCGAUCUAUGGCCAUGAGGACCGUUUCCUCAACAAGAUGGCGUCGUGGCCGAUCACAUGGAAGCUGAACAAUGGCCAAACGGUGCUGCGCCCUGUGCACUCGUUGGAUGUGGCAGAGGCUCUGUUAGUCAUUUCGCAGCAGGACCGCUUGGCUAUGGGCGAAACGUUCUCGCUGUAUGGUCCAAAAGCGUACACGAUCCGCGAGCUUUUGCAAAUCGUCGAGAAUAUCACGUACCAGAAGAUUGUCUCGCCAGAUGUGAACAUUCCACGCUUCAUGUUCUCAGCAAUUGCCAAACUGGGUGAGAAGAUUGCUUGGUGGCCCAUGUUCAACCAGGAUGAGGUGACGCGUCGCUUCAUCAACGAGGUGCCUGCCCCGGGAACGAAGAGCUUUGCUGACUUGGACAUUGCACCUGAUGUUCUCGAAGAUGUCGCUAUCAUGUACUUGCGUCGUUUCCGCAGUCACCUGCGUUAUGAACAACCCAUCGAGAAUGCGCACUCUGGUGCGGUGAAGUUGCGCAAGCGGCCAUUUCGUGUCGUUGAGUAG